UAGCAAGGAAGGUCGCGCUAAAGGGAGAAGGUUUUGCGAAGUCGGGUCGGUGAGGGCGGUUGUGGUCGUCAUGAGUGGGUCACUUUGCCGGCUGCCCGCAGCCUUGCGGCUGGCGGGGCGCUCACGGGUCUGGGGAUAUUUUGUGCGGCCGCUGAGUCAGGCGGAGUCGAGCUCCGGUGGCGGGGGCGGUGGGUCGAAGGAGGCGGUGGAGCGACUGGUGCGCGCACACCCCGUGGUGGUUUUCAUGAAGGGCAGCCCGGCCCAGCCCCAGUGCGGCUUCAGCAACGCGGUGGUGCAGAUCCUGCGCCUUCAUGGCGUUAAUGAUUAUCGCGCCUAUGACGUCCUCCAGGACCCCGAACUCCGGCAAGGAAUUAAAAAUUAUUCCAACUGGCCUACUAUUCCUCAAGUCUACCUCAAUGGUGAAUUCGUGGGAGGCUGUGACAUACUACUCCAGAUGCAUCAAAGUGGAGACCUAGUGGAAGAGCUUAAGAAAUUAGGAAUUCAGUCUGCACUUCUGGAAUCAGAGAAAGACCAUGGCAAAAAAUAAAGAAGCUACUGUGACUUUGACAAAGACACCUUUUGAUAAUUGGUACCAGAAAAGCCUUCUGUAUUUUAGUUCAAAAAGGCAGGUUUUUGAAUUAAUGAGAUUUAUCAUUAAGUGUUCUGUUAUCUGUUGCACAGUAUAAUAGACUGAUGUAUGAAUAUUCUGUCAUGAAAAUUUUCACUUUUGCAAAACAUUUGCAGUACAGUGCUGUCAAAGUAAAAAAGCUAUUCACUUCUGUUUUGCACUGCUUUAUAUUGGAUUAAGUCAAAUGAAAAUCGAUAAACAUUUUUAGUUGCCUUCACACUAAGAACUUAUUCCAGAAUAGUUUGGAAUUAUUUGUCUUUGUUUUUUUGUUUUGUUUUUAAUUUUCUUUAUGAAACAUCCUCUUGAGUUACUCCUGCAUUGUGGACCUUGGAAUGUUUAACUGCACUUGUUCCACAUUGCAGACAGUCUGGCUUCUUCGCAGAUGAUGAUGCUACUGGUGCUCUUCCAACUUUUUGAAGAAACAGCUUUUGACGUAUAUACAGCGAUUCUUUGGGAGGCUAUGCUAUCAUCACUCAUCUUCAUUUUCCUUUAUUUUAGCAUAACUAUUUGUAUUAAUGGUAUUUGUGUUGACACCAAAGUUUCAAUUUAAGGGAAAACAGGCAACUUGUUAAGAUGUCCAGAAGCAUCUAAGGAGGUAAGAGUGCAGGGUCCAUUCCUUCAUAAAAAAUUGAGUUUAACAUUUGUCUCCUCUGACUACUUUUAACCAAUAGGCUGGUGAUUGUAGACUCUUUCCUGUGUAUCAUCCUGGCUACUCUUGGCUGUAGAUUACCACUUCAAAAUGUUGACAAUAAAAUUUUAAUGUUUAGUUUUUAAACAGUUUUAAAAGUUGUAUUAAUGUGUAAAAUUAAUAUUAAGAGGGAAGCAGUUAAACACGUUAAAGAUAGAAGUGGGGAAAAGCAACUUCUUCAAAGAACUUCAAAAACUUUGAAGUUUUUGCUAGCUUUAGGAAAGUGAAAUGGGAAGGGGAAGAAAUGUUUAAAGCUGAUUUGGAGAAGGAGUAGCUGGGAGAUACUAAUACAUAGUCUGUCCAUUUCAGCGGGGCUUUCUGUGUUCAUUCUUUUGAUCUGGGAGAGUAAGAAAAUAGAUAAACUGAAACAAACUCAGGAUUAGUGGUGCAGGCUUACACAUUAUUCCACUGUUCUUAUCCCAACUUUCUCUAAAAGUCCAACAGUGCUACCAGAAGAAUAACUCUUAUUCAACUCAGUGGGAUUUUCCCCUGAGUAAACACAUGAGCAGGGUUUAUGGCUAUUAAUGCCUUAUCCUCAUUGAUAUAUUCUUUAGAACAAGAAUUAAAGGUAUAACUAACAGUGAGAAAGCAUUGAUUGGAAAUGCUUCAAUUAUUUUAAUUUGGCGAAUAGUGUUUGGUGCAUACACACACAUGUCCUUAGGACAUAGUAUUUGGACCUUGUGUCUCUUAGAGCAAAUAAAUAGUACUUUUAAUUGUGUAGGGCUUUUAUUGUGAUAAUCAGCCUAUGUUUAUUUUUAUAUAAUAAGACUAGUAAGUAUUAGAUGUUUUAAUGAGAUUUUGGAUAUUGUUGAUAGGUUUUGAAGUAAAAGCUGCUACCCAAAAGACUGCCUCAGAUAAUCACAUUAAGCUUUACUUUUUAUUUUCAAUUUAAAAUAAGAAAUAGAGGAUUCAUUUUGGAAUAAAAAGUGUUGUAUCUCUGAACUUUUAUAUCAGCACACAUACCACUUGGAUGCAGGUUGCAAAACAGUUUUUAAUUUUAAGAUUCUGAAGUAUUUUGUGACAAACACACACACAGAGACAUUUUCAAAAGCAUCUGUUAAUUCCUGUUUCGCAUAAAACUAACACCUUCAGCUUACAUUGUUUUAUGUUACAGGCUAAAAAAUUUAAAGAAAUAAUAAUUGGAAUUACUUUUUGAAAACAUCUUUAUAUUAGAUUUCUUUGUAACCAUAGUAGAAAAAUAUAUUUGUUCUUGGUAUACAGUGCAACUAUAGCAAAAGACCAGUGCAUUUAUGUUCCUUAUACACUGUAUACGUAUGAGCAGUGUAAAAUAUACCCAGAUUAUCUGAGAAA